AUGGUCCAUGAAAGCAGAGGUGAGCAGAACAGACUCAAAAUGCUAUUCCUAGUGUUUCAGCUUCUUCUUAUAGCACAAAUGGUGACUGAAGGCGAAGGAGCUUACUCAAAACCAUAUUUCAGUACUCUUCAUGAGCAUUACAGGAAAAUGAGAGGAGGCCCAACAAACAAGGAACCAACUAAUGCUAAGAGAGUGGAGGAACUUGAGAAUAAACCCAGCACUCUUGCUUUAAUAGGGCUUGUAGAUGCUAUCAACUCCAAACAAAGUAGAAAGAAUCCACAAAUAAACAAGGUCCCCAGGUCAAGUGUCUUACAGAAAGAUUUCCAUGUGGGCAAAAAUCUCAGUAUCCAGGGAGAAAAAGGAGACUUUGAUGCCAUAAAGAAUGUUUUCUUACCUCAGCUGUCUGAGAAAACAAACUCAAAACAGCCUGUUAGACAGAAAGCAAAGAAAUUCUGGAACCACUUCAUGUAUAAAAUGAAUUCAGAUUUGCAGGAUAUGGUACUUCCCAUUAAAACACAAGAGCUAGAGAAAGGAUCUUGCAGGACUGUACCCUUUUCUCAGAACAUUAUACACAAGGGCUGUAAGAAGAUGGUGUUGCGUAACAAUUUGUGUUUUGGUAAAUGCACCUCUCUGCACCUGCCAGGCCUGGAUGAUCAAGUCUUUACUUGCUCCCGCUGUAUGCCCUCUAAAUUCACCACAAACCGUGUCCAGCUGAACUGCACAAGGCCGAGCAAUGUAGUAAAAGUCAUUAUGCUGGUGGAGGAAUGCAAGUGUGAGGUCCAUUACAGCAGCCACCAUCCAACUGCUCACUUCAUUAUGGACAGCAGCAAACAUGGCUAG